GUAUGCAUAUAUGCGCGCAGGAGUUGUUUUGACUUGUCCGCUUGUUUUGAACACCGAGCCGAUAUUUGAAGCCGCGUGCGCAGCUGCGUGGAUACACGGUACCUGCGCGUCGUAUGCGCACAAGCAUGAAAUAUUGAAGACGGAGGAGGGCUGGAGCCCCGAGCGGCGCGACACCUUCGGCACUACGGCGUGACACAGGAACAUGGCCUUCGAAGGAACCCCUCGUCGAAAUGAGGCCACUGGACCGGGGGGCUGGCGUUUCCUUCUUUUCUUUCUUUUUGUUGUUCUAACAAGUAGUCAUGGCACCGUGUUUGCCAUCGACACCACUCGGCUUUCUUCAGCGACUACCAGACGAGCAGUGCAAUUUUUGCAUUCCAUCGGAAUUAUCACACCCCGUAGCUCUUCGACUUGAAAAGGCAGGACGGUGUGAUCUCAUCUCGCGCCGUCCCUCUUUCGGCGAAUCCUGCAAACGAGCAAAGGUUUCACGAAGAAAUAAGAGAGUCUGACACACCACUGGAAAGCAGGCGAAAAGAGGCACGAACAGGCGCAAAUUAAUGCCAAGGAGUUCGCAAGCAGUAGAGUACCUAAGUAAUAAACAUAAAACAGGGAAGCAAAUACGGGAGACGGGGAAAAACAGCCGACACUCGCUGAGCGAAGUCGAAUUGUGGGGACAGGUGAGGCAAACGCUCCCAUCGAAACCAGACGGAGUAUAUCGAAUCAAUCCCGAAGGUCACACCCACACAGGCGGACAGCGUCAGCUAAGAUAGAAGAGGCGACAAACCAGCUGCAGGUAGGGAAGGUUCGACCUGGUCACGGUACAGUUACGCCGAAGUGACGAUCCAGUAUGGAGCUCGAGGCUCUGAUGGAGACUGGCGCCAGCCUGGGCCUGACCGGGGACGACCUCAGACGCUGGAUCGACGAGGAGCGCCGGGCGGACCGCGAGCAGAGGACGGCCGCCGAUAGGUACCGGACCGCGCAAAUGGACUCGCAGGCCAGGGACAAGAUGGAGAAGGAGCGUCACUCGCUCGAGCUGCAGGAGCGACUGCGCCAGGUUGGCGCGCUCACUGAGACCUCGUACCCCAUCGUACCGCAUAACAUUCCUCAGGGAGAGACGGGUGCCUACGGUUACAGAUAUGAUGGUAAGCAUCCAAUUGAUUAUCUCUGAGCUAUAAGAACAGGUUGUGAGAUGUAAAAGGGCUAUAACUACCUGUCCAUAAUGGACUGUCGGUUAAUGUUUCACUCACAGUGAACAUGAAAAAAAAAAGAAAAAAAAAAGGUGGUCGGGUGGGUACACUAAUGCCACACUAAAACUGAAAGUCAACUCAGAAACACAGCAACUUAAAGUUCAAUCACAUAGGUGCGCUAAAGUAAACACAAAGUCCGGUCACGUAAAUGUACUAAAAUCAGGGCACAUAAGAAAGCAUGGAUUAGAUUC